AUGGCGAGUGAUCUGUCAAAGAAGCAGAAAGUAGCCAGAGCGUGCGAUAGCUGUCGAAGAAAGAAAACUCGUUGUGAUGGUGUUUUCCCUAACAAAUGCUCAAACUGCAAAGAUAACUGCACCUACAAUGAUACAGAGCCUAAAAAGAUGUACAAAGUGAGCUACGUCGAAGAACUAAAGGCGACACUUGCACAAUGCCAGGCGUUGUUAGAUAACAGUAGUGUAUCACACAAUACAGACGAUAGCCUCAAAAGGAAGCAUAGUAUAUCCACAUCUGAUAAUUCAAGAACUACGGACAUCAUUCCUAGCACAGACUAUUGCGAUUUAUAUGAUGAGGAAUUGGCUCGCAAUAUUAAUGGACUUUAUAUUCCUUCAGACGAUGUCAGAACGGGUAAUAGGAACUUCGGUAAAGCUUCAAUGAGAGGACUAUUCGAGAGGAUCACCUUUUAUACUGGAAUGGCCUCAGACGCCCUCACACACCAAAGAAGGUUCGAUUUUUGGGUAGAAGACUGGGAAAAGGAGCUUUCUUCAAAUUUAGACAGUCAUAAUACAGACUAUACAGAUGAAGAUUUCGGUAGCGAUGAGGUUCUCUAUCAUCUUGUCGACGUUUAUUUUAGGAUGGUCAACGUGACACUACCAUUGCUUAAUGAGACACGCUUCAAAGCAAACAUCCCGAGUCGGAAACUUGAGAAAGAAUUCGGAAGUGUCUUACUUAUGGUUUGUGCUUUAGGUGCUAUAUUUUCAGGCGACAAAAGCUUCGUCAUAGCGGAAAAGGAACAUCUGCAAUUUUUGGCAGGAUUCGACUAUUACAAGGUGGCAAGGAAGAAGAUGAAGGAUUUUUUUAUAACACCAGCUACCCUUGAGGAUGUCCAGGCGCUUAUCUUACUUCAAGUAUAUGUGGAUCAAGGUGUCCAUACAAAAAGUUCCUGGAUGAUCCAUGGUAUGUCAAUAUUGUUAGCUAGGAAUAUGGGCCUACAGCACUCAUUACUCAACAAGCAUAAGGAACCGCUUGAAGCUGAAGCUAGCAAGCGUGCAUUGUGGAUUGCAUACAUUAUAGAUAGGUCCCAUAGCUCAUGUUUUGGUAAACCACUACUCCUCAAGGAUGAGGAUAUUUAUUUAGAGUUACCUCAACCGUACGGCAACGAAGAUGCACAUGGUAAUAUGGGUGUGUUCUACAUGAGUGAGAUGAUCAAACUCUGCAAAAUUCAUGGUCAAGUAAUGCAGAAAGUUUACAAAUAUCGUAAAUCGAUCGAUUGUGAUGAUCAUGUUUUGACCAUGACCGAUAUUGCGUCUUUGCAUUCAAAAUUACACGCCUGGCUAGACCAAAUGCCUGAUUUUCUACACAUAUGCAAAGAUGACAAUGAGACAGAUUUCAUUAUGCAGCUGCGAAGUAACCUGCGCCUUGCUUAUUACACCAUUCAAAUAUUCAUGUAUAAACCUUUCCUCCCUAAUCCAACACUCAGAAACCCCUCAAAUUUCCAGUUCACCAGUCUUCUAAUUUGUGCGAAUGCAUCUAGGUCUAUCAUUGGUAACUGCAAGGAAGUUGUGCUCAAGAGAAAUCUCAACAAAAUUUACGUGGAUUCUAUGAUGGAUUGGGGUCCAUUCUGGGCUACUCUUAUUUUGAUUAUUAGAUGUUGUGAGAGUAGAAGACUCACAGGCCACGUGGAUAAGGAUGAUGUAUGUUACGUCAAGAGUGGUAUCUUGGUGCUCCGAGUGAAUGAAAGGAAAAAUGUACAAUAUGGAAGGGCGAUAGACGUUCUGUUACAAGUAUUAAAAGCAGUCAAGCUACCUGAUUGCGAAGACUUUAUUAGAAUGGAGGAAUACAUUUCAUACCAAAGCACAAAUGAGGUCAGACAUAAUUGCUUGUCGAAUAGAACCUUAUCUGCAGUCAAAAGUGAGGAUGCUAAUCAACAGGUGUUGGCAGAGCAAGAUUAUCAAUUAUUCGGUGAUAUGUUAGAGUACAUGCAGAAUACAGAUGCAAUGAAGGACAAUCUGUUUAGUGUUGACAAUCUAAACUUUAUGUCUGAUGCACCUAACAACCUUGUCAAUGAUUCCGAUUUCGACUGGUCAAAGAUCAUUAGCCCACUCCUAGAUAGCAACACUGAAAGUGGCACUGAUAGUGGUGUAUAG